CCAACUACAACAACCACUACGCCAACUACAACAACCACUACCCCAACAUCAACAACCACUACCCCAACUACAACAACCACUACCCCAAUUACAACAACCUCUACCCCAACUACAACAACCACUACUCAAACCACAACUUCCACUACCCCAACUACAACAACCACAACCCCAACUACCACUGCCCCAACUACAACAACCACUACCCAAACUACCACUACCCCAACUAAAACAACCACUACCCCAACUACAACAACCAGUAGCCCAACUACAACUACCACCAUCCCAACAACAACAACAACCACUACCCCAACUACAACAACCACGACCCCAACUACAACAACAAAUUUCAGGACAAAUGUGGAUGAACCUUUGAAUCCACUGGAAGGACUCUGA